AUGAAAGUGUCGUGCGAUCCUCUUUAUAAUGCUCCAGAGAGGAGCCACGGAGGCGGUGAGACACAUCCAAAACCUAGAGACUCAAGGAUCGUCUCUUGA